AUGGGCAAGCGAAGCCAUCUCGAGCCAACUGAGCAGCGACCGAAGAAAAAGUCCAAGUCCGAAAAGCCCGAAAAAGCUUCUAAAGAUAAGCAGGACAAUGGAGAUGAGAAGAGUGCAUCUUAUUCUGAUGCCUCUGCUCUAUCCGAGAUCCCUCAGUCAGACAUCGACAGUUUUUUGACUGAGAACGUGAUUAAAAUCGCUGAUCCAUCCUCUCCCGACGCCUCCCAAUUCCGGCCAAUCCUUUCGUUUGAUCACUUACCCGAAUGCGAUGCUGGUCUGUACGCUCAAUUGAAGUCUUUCCCCAAGCCAACACCAAUUCAAUCCACUACCUGGCCGCUUCUUUUUGCUGGCCGUGAUGUGGUCGGUAUCGCAGAGACUGGAAGUGGCAAGACUCUGGGUUUUGGCUUGCCGUGCCUGAAGAAAUUGAUUGACUCCAAGUCAAGCAAGAAGCCUUGCCAACCUAAGGCAGUGAUUAUUUCACCAACGCGAGAGCUUGCAAUGCAGAUUUAUGACCAGCUUGUUAAAUUCGGCGGCACUGAGAAGACUCAGGUGACAUGCAUCUACGGAGGUGUGGGUAAAGAUGAACAGCGUCGGGCUCUUCAAAAGGCCGCCAUUGUUGUUGCCACCCCUGGCCGUCUUAAGGAUCUCCAGAGUGAUGGGUCAAUUGAUCUCGGAAAGGUCACUUACCUCGUCUUGGAUGAGGCAGAUCGCAUGCUUGACAAAGGAUUUGAGCAGGAUAUCAAGGAUAUCGUCAAGCCAAUGCCCGUCUCCAGGAGACAGACUGUCAUGUUUACGGCAACAUGGCCCCGGUCAGUUCGAGAUCUCGCGGCAACCUUUAUGAAGACCCCGGUAACUGUUACCAUUGGCGGAGACCCAUCUGCGGAUCCCCGAGCCAACUUAAGGAUCAAGCAAGUCGUCGAGGUUAUGGAUGGCCGAGAGAAGGAGGGCCGACUCAUACAACUACUCACUAAAUCCCAGCGUGGUCAUCAAUCCCCCGAGAAAGUGCUAGUUUUCUGCCUUUACAAGAAGGAGGCUAUGCGCAUUGAGAAUCUUAUCAGAAAUAAGGGAUUCUCAGUCGCUGGCAUUCACGGCGAUUUGAACCAAUCAGAUAGAUUCCGAAAUCUUGACGCUUUUAAGAAAGGCAAUGCUACUGUUCUUGUCGCAACCGAUGUGGCGGCGCGUGGCCUUGACAUCCCGAACGUGAAACUGGUGAUUAAUGUCACCUUCCCUCUUACCGUUGAGGACUACGUGCACCGGAUUGGAAGAACUGGACGUGCAGGGGCUGAUGGUCUUGCCAUCACCAUGUUUACUGAAACUGACAAGGGACUGUCGGGCGGAUUGAUCAAUGUUCUUAAGGCAGCCAAGCAAGAUGUGCCAGAGGCACUGUUGAAGUUUGGUACAACAGUCAAGAAGAAGCAGCACGAUGUCUACGGUGCCUUUUACAAGGACGUUGAUAUGGACAAAACAGCGACAAAGAUCACAUUUGACGACUAA